CUCGGCACUUUCCGUGGCCUCCGAUUUCCACACAGUGAAUGACAGUGCCGGACUCCGCCGGACGGAGCAUAAAGGCUUCCCUCGUCGGUGGUUUCCGCCACAGGAGCGAUGAUGUUCCGAGGUCUUGGUUUGUGAAGCUGAUAUAUCGGACUGAUAUGUCAACCUUGACUCGUAUCCCAGGUCAUUGUCGGAACGAGUAGAAGCAGAGCAGUGCCAUGUACUCAGAGUGGAGGUCGUUGCACCUGGCGCUCCAGAGUGACCAGGGGCACCUAAGCGUCCUUCAUACGUAUCCCCCAACGGUGGGCCGCGAAGUGGCCAAUACUGUGGUGCGCCCCCUUGGGGCGACCCUCAGCACCCCUGGAUCGGAAAGCAUCCUCAAAACCGACAAAGAGGUCAAAUGGACAAUGGAAGUGCUCUGCUAUGGCCUGUCACUACCUCUGGAGGGAGACACCGUCAAGCUGUGUGUGGAUGUCUACACAGAGUGGAUGAUGGCGCUGGUAGACCCUCGGAACUCCAUCCCUCAGCCCAUCAUUAAUGAACCCAACCUCUAUGUUCAGACCAUUCUGAAACACCUCCACAAUCUCUUUCUCCCUAGGCAGGAGCCGAGCAGCCCCAUUCACUUCCGCCUGUGUCAGCAGGUGCUUUCGGCAGUGCAGAUGCUGGCUAAGCAGUCCAGCAGCAUGGUCCGGGAGACCUGGGAGGUUCUGCUACUCUUCCUGCUAAGGAUCUGUGACACCUUGUUGGCCCCACCCACCGUUGCUGGUGGGAUAGCAGAAAACUUAGCGGGGAAGCUAAUCGGCGUGCUGUUCGAGGUGUGGUUACUGGCUUCCGCCCGCUGCUUUCCGACACCGCCCUACUGGAAGACGGCCCGUGAGAUGCUGGCCAACUGGAGACACCAUCCUCCAGUGGUGGAGCAGUGGAACAAGGUCAUAUGUGCCCUUACCUCCAGGUUGCUCCGGUUCACCUAUGGGCCUUCGUUCCCUCCGUUCAAAGUUCCAGAAGACGAUGCCAGCAAGAUUCCCACCGAGAUGGAUGACGACUGCGUGGCUCAGACCUGGCUGCGCUUCCUGCACAUGCUCAGUAACCCAGUGGACCUGAGCAACCCUGCCAUCAUCAGCACCACGCCCAAGUUCCAGGAGCAGUUUCUCAACGUCAGUGGGGUCCCCCAGGAGAUCGUCCAGCACCCUUGCCUCAAACAGCUGCCACAGAUCUUCUUCCGUGCCAUGAGGGGAAUCAGCUUCCUUGUGGAUGCUUUCCUCGGUGUUGCGGCCUCAAAGUCAGAGACCUGUGACCAUCUGCCAUCUUAUGACACCUUGUCAUCCUCUCUUUCUCCUUCAGGGGUUACAGUGAGUAGGACCUUUGUACGCACCAGGCUGCCCUCUUUAGGUUUCGUGACAUCUAGGAACAAUUUUCGAGAGAGGCUACCCUAUGGUAUCUCUCGGCCGAGAUCGGACAGUGCUCCGCCCACACCUGUGAACCGGCUGAGCAUGCCGCCGCCCCCCAGUGCCAUAAACACCACACCCCCACACAGCCGUCGGCACCGGACCACAAUAGUCAAUAAGACGACCAGCAAAGCUUCCACGGGAACUACUGCCCACCCGCCCAAAGUGUCUCACCCGACCACCUCCUCGUCCCCUCUGUCCAGUCCCAACCAAACGAACGCAGAGCCUCGCCCUCUGCCGGCCCCCUCCAGACCAAAGGUCAACAGCAUCCUCAACCUUUUUGGCCAGUGGCUUUUUGAUGCCUCGCUAGUGCACUGUAAACUCCAUGAUGGCUUCAACAGGGACAACACCAUGACUGCCCUGGCCACUCAAGCUGGCUUGGAGUUCCGCAGAAAGGGGUCCCAGAUAUCCACUGACACCAUGGUGUCCAACCCCAUGUUCGACACUAAUGAGUUCCCCGAAAACUACGAGUCCGGCAGGGCCGAGGCCUGUGGGACGGUGUGUAGGAUCUUCUGCAGCAAGCGAACCGGGGAGGAGAUAUUGCCUGUCUAUCUCUCUAGGUUUUAUAUGGUUCUGGUCCAGGGUCUGCAGAUCUCAGACUUCAUCUGUAGACCUGUGUUGGCCAGCAUCAUCUUGAACUCCACGUCGCUUUUUUGCUCUGACCUAAAGGGCGUUAACGUCGUGGUUCCCUACUUUAUCUCCGCCCUGGAAACCAUUCUGCCGGACAGGGAGCUUUCCAAGUUCAAAUCCUAUGUCAACCCCACCGACCUGAGAAGGGCUUCCAUCAGCAUCCUGCUUUCAAUGCUUUCUCUUCCUCACCACUUUGGGAAUAUAAAGUCUGAGGUUCUUCUGGAGGGCAAGUUCAGCAACGAUGACAACUCGGUAUCCGACAAAGCUCAGACCUUCCUGUCCCUGAGGUUGCGGCUGGUGAACAUCCUGAUCGGGGCCCUGCAGACGGAGACCGACUCCAUCAACACGCAGAUGAUCCUGGGUGCGAUGCUGAACAUCGUCCAGGAUUCUGCCCUCCUGGAGUCGAUAGGGACGCAAACUGAAAUGGGAAGCGUCGAGGCUAAUGGCACAAUGAAGAGCCAUAGCCGUAACAGCAGCAGUAUCAGCACGACCAGCGGGGGCAGCUCGCAGCCCACCACGCCAGACAGCGAGCGGCCUGCUCAGGCCCUCCUCCGGGACUAUGCUCUUCAUACAGAUACAGCCGCCGGCCUCCUGGUCCGCAGUAUCCACCUGGUCACCCAGAGACUCAACAAGCAAUGGAGGUCCGAUAUGAGCGUGUCGCUGGCUGCCCUGGAGCUCUUGGCUGGCCUGGCCAAGGUGAGAGCCAGUUUGGAAACGUCGGACAAGAAGUGUGCCGUCAGCUCCGUGUGCGGCUACAUCGUGUAUCAGUGCAGCCGGCCCGCACCGCUGCACUCGCGGGACCUGCACUCCAUGAUCGUGGCGGCUUUCCAGUGCCUGUGCACCUGGCUGACAGAGCACCCUGACAUGCUGGACGAAAAGGACUGUCUGAUAGAGGUGCUGGAGAUCGUGGAGCUGGGGAUUUCAGGGAGCAAGUCGAAGACCAGCGAGCAGGAGGUGCGCUACAAGGGGGACAAAGAGCACAACCCGGCCUCCAUGAGGGUGAAGGACGCUGCGGAGGCCACGCUGUCCUGCAUCAUGCAGGUGCUGGCCGCCUUCCCCUCCCUUAGUGGCCCCUCGUCCAUGUGCAGUCUGCUCAACGAGGACACUUUGAUCCGCUACUCCAGGCUCACCUCCACCAGCAGGGACAACUUCCGCUACUUCGUCCUGGACAACUCCGUCAUACUGGCCAUGCUGGAGCAGCCGCUGGGGAACGAGCAGAACCCCUGUCCUGCUGUUACCAUCCUGAUCCGAGGCGUGUCAGGCAGACAUGCCUGGACCAUGCAGCUGUACCACCAGCCCAGAGUAGCGCGUGCCAAUCAGAAGCAGGUAUUUGUCCCCGAGCGGCGCCCCACCCCUAAGAACGACGUGGGCAUCCGCUUCAACGUCAAACACAGAGCCUUCCCAGAGGAAGUCGAUAAGAUCCCUUUUGUGAAGGCAGACAUGAGCAUUCCGGACCUGGAUGACAUCGUAAGCAAGCCGGUGAGCGCUUGCUGUUCAGCCGGUUCGGCCGUUACCAGCGGGGUGGCUUUUCGCUCGGGCGCAAAUGGAAAGCGAGGCAUUCUGGAGGUGCAGCAUGAGAAGCUUAGGAACGUGAUGGUCAAGCAGAUGGAGUACGAGGCAGCUCUGGAGCAACACAGCGAGGAGGUGUGGAAGAGCAAGCCCUUCCCCGACCCCCAGGUGGACUGCAAGCCCCCGCCGCCCUCGCAGGAGUUCCAGACUGCUCGCCUCUUUCUCUCUCACUUCGGUUUCCUGUCCCUAGAAGCACUGAAGGAAUCGGGUAAUAGCCGCCUCCCACCAAACCUGAUUGCUCUGGAUUCCGCCCUGCCCGGCUUCUUCCAAGACAUGGAGUACCUGGACUUACUUCCCUGUCGGCCGUUUGACACGGUGUUCAUUUUUUAUGUGAGGGCGGGGCAGAAGACCAGCCAAGAGAUCUUGAGGAACGCGGAAUCCUCAGUCAACAUCCAGCCACAUUUCCUGGAGUUUCUGCUGUCCCUGGGUUGGCCUGUAGAUGUGGGUAGUCACCCUGGGUGGACGGGGAAUGUGGACACCAGCUGGUCCAUCAACUCCUGCGUUGAUGGAGAAGGCCAGCAGCAGGAGGAAGGAUUCCCGGUAGAUGACACCAGUGGAUCCAUGUUUAAUGGCGAGAAGAAAGUCCUGUAUUACGCUGAUGCUCUGACUGAAAUUGCAUUUGUGGUUCCGACUUUGACAGAUGCCUCCAGUGACUCCUCGGAAAACGGCCACACCCCGUUGGAGACGGACUCGCAGAUGGGCCUGCUGCCUGGCAUUCAGUCCAACCUGACACUUGAGCUCUUCCCAAACCACUCGGAGAACCUCGGCCAGCCGCAGAGGAUGAGCCCUACUUCGAAGACAAAGAAAAUUCACUGUGGGAGGAACAUACCUCCUCUGGGCCCGGAGACAAAGGUUCUGGUAGUUUGGAUGGAGCGCUACGAUGACAUUGAAAACUUUCCGCUUUCAGAUCUUUUGUCAGAAACCAGUACGGGAGUCGAGUCGUCAAACAGUAGCACAUCAUACAGGCCAGUUGCUUCAGAAAAAGACGUCCCGGUGGUGUUCAUUCACCCCCUGAAGACCGGAUUGUUCCGCAUCAAGCUGCAUGGAACGACGGGCAAGUUCAGCAUGGUCAUUCCCCUGAUGGAUGGCAUGGUGGUCAGCCGGAGGGCGCUAGGGUUUUUAGUGAGGCAGAUGGUCAUCAACGCGUGCCGGCGGAAGAGGCUAGAGAGUGACUCGUACAACCCACCACACGUGCGACGGAAACAGAAGAUCGCCGACAUCUUCAACAAAUACCGCAGCAAACAGCUGGAGCCUGAGUUCUAUACCUCACUCUUCCAGGAUGUAGGAGGGAGGAGCUUGAAUCCUUGACCCCGCCCACUAAACACCGGACUACUGCUGGGCCAGCACCAAAUCCUAUAUAUUUGUAAAACUAUUUUUGUUACUUCUCUCAGUACUCGGCUAUGUCAUUUUAAAGGGGAAGUCCAUGGUGGAGUGGUGCGUUUACCACAGAAUCAUAGCCACGCCAGUCUGCCAGCCGCCCCAGGCAACCCAAACCUGCUGGCACCCCAGGACAGCCCCAGGAGCUCUGGGGAGGGGGGCAGUGGGCAUGCUGCUGUGUACCAGAGAGUAGAGAGAGUCUGCCAAAGAGGUUAAGUAGCAGAACGGAGGGGAGUGAUGGAGCUGAAUCAUUUUUUCCCUGGAGAAUCCGACAGUGUCCUGUAGAGCGAUUUCCGCUAUUUCACUGUAUGUAUCUGACACUGAUCCGCAGUUGGCUUUUCCAUGACUUAUUUUAUGGACAAAUAUUCUGUACAACAACCAAAUAGUCAGAUAAUAGCAAUCUCCUAUGUUGCUUUUGUCGCUCCAUCAGUUAUUGCAGUAGACACGAGUAGAAGACCUGCCUUUUCGUAAAGUAAAACACAGAUUAACUCCUUUACGCCUGAUUUCAGCCAUCAACAUUCAGCAACUUUGAUGUUAAUAGUCUCAGGUAGUUUAUCCUGCAUGUUACAUAUGCAUUUCUGUUUGGUCAUGCAUUUAAUCUGCAAACUGAUCAUUGAUUCCCCCCCCCCCCCCCCCAUUUCAUUAUUGUGUAAUUAAGAUUUUUUAUUUUUUUUUUUUAUGAAUUUUCUUACAUCGUGGAAUUCAGUACUGUCAUGAUCUGCUUUUAGCUUGAUUUAAAUCAGGACUGUCCCUGGUAGUCAUGAUGUUGUGUUUUGUCAACAUUGACCCCUUGUGGGUGUCUAUCUAUUUUGCUUGUUUUAUGAAUAACAGAAAAAGCAUUAUGGCAGAUUUAGCCCACCAAGUCUUCCCUCCCUUUUCGGCAGUCCUUUGGCACACAAUAAGAACUGAAAGCAAUAUGUAUUUCAGAACCAUUCACAAUUAAAGGUAUGAGGGGUUAGACUUGUUACUCUCUUAAUAGUGUCAGUGGUCUCGGACACACAAAAUCUCCAGGGUGAAAGGUGAACUUAUGUUGAAAGUAAGUGUGUGUGUGUGUUUGCCCUCACUGCUCUUUUAGCUCAGUGCACAUUCUACUUUUCUCUUGACCCUUAAUUUACACCUCCUAAGGUGUCUCAACCCCUUAGCCCACUCCAGGCCUUACAACGCAUAAUCGUUACACACCAAGAAUGAAGGACUACUUUGCUUCUGUUGGUUGUGUCAAGUCUAAUAUGUACCAAUAGUUUUUUUUUAAAUACUUUUUUAAAAAUGAAAAAUAAAUUGAACGAUCCUGCUUGGCAUAUACCUACUGGAUGCCUACCGUUACUAACUAAUUUACUCUCUGAGCACUCCAUUUAAAAAUACUGUGGCAUUUUUGAUUAAAACAAACACUACUACUCAAAGAGAAUUGGUUUCAGCAGAGACAUUGUCAUGUCAAUGAAGAUACACGUUUUAAACUUCCAUCCAUGUUCCAAACCGCUUAUCCUUCUGGGUCGCGGGGGGUCCGGAGCCUAUCCCGGAAGCUAUGGGCGCGAGGCAGGGGACAACCCAGGAUGGGGGGCCAGCCCAUCGCAGCUUUUGGGGAAAAAAACGUUUGAAAGAGAAUUCACAGAGGAAUGUGAAAGGGUAUACUAUUAAAGCCAUUAUUUGCUAGAAACAUAAUGGUACAUUGUUUAAAACAGCCCAAACUUGAUUUUUGUCCUGUUCCUUUUGAACAGCUUGUGUUCUGUAAAUAUUGCUGGCUUUAACUUGAGGUGUAUAGAGCUGGACGUCUAUGUGUAAAUAUGAAAAUGUGAAGUUUAUUUCAUUUCUUGGUUCCCUUUAUGAGGAAAGGCACAAAAUGCGUGUUUGUAUUUAUGCCAACAAUAAGUGUCCAAAAACAAACCGUUGGAUAUUGAAUGUAACACAUGUAUUGAAUAAAGAUUUUAAAAAGCUUCUUAUCAUAAAA